AUGGCGGAGAACGCGUUCGCGACGUCUCUGUAUGAGCAGUUACCGGAGGGGCAUCCAGCAGCAGCAGCAGCAGCAGCAGCAGCUGCUGCUGCUGCUGCAGCUGCUGCAGGUGCUGCUGCUGGAGGAGGAGGAGGACAGGAGCAUCCACAUAUAGAUAUGCUGCUGCGUCAGCAGCAAGUGCUGCAGCAAGCAGCACAACUGCAGCAAGGAUCUUUCUUUGAGUUAUUAGCGCAGCAAAAAUUAUUAGAUGGUCUGCAUGCAGCCCUAUACCAUUGUGUUAAUACACUGCAGCAAUUCUAUGCUAAUCGUGCUGCUGCUGCUGCUGCUGCUGCUGCAGCAGGAACAGGAACAGGAACAGGAACAAGAGCAGCAGCAACAAUAGAAGAUGCAGCAGCAGCAGCAGCAGAAGCAACUGCAGCAAGUACUUCGGGCAGUGAGACAGAAAGGAAUACAGAUGAUGCUGCUGCUGUAGAGCAACAGCAGCAGCAGCAGCAGCAACAGCAGCAGCAGCAGCAGCAGCAGCAGAGAGUGCGUACACAGUUUCGUUCCUUAGAGGGUUCUUUUGUGUCUGCAUGGUUAUGGCGUCGUCUAGUUAAGGCAGCAGCAGCAGCAAAAGCAGCAGCAGCAGCAGCAGCAGCAGCAGCAGCAGCAGCAGGAGCAGGAGGAGGUGUAGGAGGAGAAGGAGGAAGUUAUUUGCUGCGUAGCAGCAGAAGUGCUGCUGCCUUAUAUAAGGAGACACCUGCAGCAGCAGCAUCUGCUGCUGCAGCAGAAUCCUGCUGCAUUAGAUAA